AUGGUCGCCCUCGACAAAAGUAAGCCAGCACUACGAUACGUGACGAGGAGCGUUCAAGCGCUUAAUUCCAACAUUAGCGCCAAUACCAUAUCGUGUUCCGUUCAAGAAACAUUCGCCAUAAACACUGACAAACAGCCCCCAUUUUUACUGGUGCGGAGUUUACUUUUAUUGACCACUGUUGGUGUGAAAAGAUUUUAUCGCUAUCGUACUGAAACCAUAGCCCUGCGGGAGAUUCGUUACUUUCAGUAA